GGCCCUUCGAUAAAAUCAGGAACUUGCGCUGGCCCUGCAAUGUCAAGGGAGGGGGCUCACCCAGGGCUCCUGUAGCUCAGGGGGCAGGCCUGAGCCCUGCGCCCGCCCUGAGUUCGUCCCAGCCCCUGACGGGGCGCCCCAUCCUGAGGGGCUCCGCACUGGCCCCCACCGAAGCAGGGGACCUGACCGGCUAGGAGCUCGGCUGGAUGUUACAGGCGUGCAAAAUGGAAGGGUUUCCCCUCGUCCCCCCUCAGCCAUCGGAAGACCUGGUGCCCUACGACACGGACCUGUACCAACGCCAGACGCACGAGUACUACCCCUAUCUCAGCAGCGAUGGAGAAAGCCACAGCGACCAUUACUGGGACUUCCACCCGCACCACGUGCACAGCGAGUUCGAGAACUUCGCCGAGAACCACUUCACGGAGCUGCAGAGCGUGCAGCCCCCCCAGCUGCAGCAGCUCUACCGCCACAUGGAGCUGGAGCAGAUGCACGUGCUCGACACCCCCAUGGCGCCGACCCACGCGGGCAUCGGCCACCAGGUCUCCUACCUACCCCGGAUGUGCCUCCCGUAUCCCUCCCUGUCCCCGGCCCAGCCUAGCUCGGAUGAGGAGGAGGGCGAGAGGCAAAGCCCCCCGCUGGAAGUGUCUGACGGGGAGGCCGAUGGCCUGGAGCCAGGGCCUGGCCUCCUGCAUGGGGAAACAGGCAGCAAAAAGAAGAUCCGCCUGUACCAGUUCUUGCUCGACCUGCUCCGCAGCGGGGACAUGAAGGACAGCAUCUGGUGGGUGGACAAGGACAAGGGCACCUUCCAGUUCUCGUCGAAGCACAAGGAGGCGCUGGCACACCGCUGGGGCAUCCAGAAGGGCAACCGCAAGAAAAUGACCUACCAGAAGAUGGCCCGUGCCCUGCGCAACUACGGCAAGACGGGUGAGGUCAAGAAGGUCAAGAAAAAGCUCACCUACCAGUUCAGCGGGGAGGUGCUGGGCCGCGGGAGCCUGGCCGAGCGGCGCCACCCGCCCCACUGAGCCCAGGCCCACUGAGCUGGGCCCGCCAGGCCUUCCCGCUGGCCAUAGCAUUAACCCCUCGCCCGGCCCGGACACAGGGAGGCAAGCUCCCAGGGGCCAGGGGCAGGACUGUGGCGGGCCGGGCCUCGGCUUACCCAUCCGCUCCCUCCUCCAAGCCUGCUACCCACAGCCUCUCCUCACCUCCUACCAGGACUCCAGCCCCGGCCCCAGAGGGCACCUGGGCGUCCGACUCCAGCGAAGGGUCAGCCUCGCUUAGUAAGACCCAGGGUGUGCUUCCUUGGGAGUUCCAAGUCACCAGAUUUGUACAAAUUGAACCCUCCUUCUUAAGUUUCCCCCUCCCACACCUGUCCCUCGUUAGCUUCCUCAAGGAACAGUCAUUAAAGUUAUUCUCAGUGAGUCCUUUUGUA